CGGCUGUUACGUGAUUAUUGUCAGUGCUCGAAUACUUGUGGGCAUAACCUUUUUAUGUUGCUCUUGCCUCUGACUUGCAUCGAAUUUCCGGAUGCGUGUAAACGAGUACAAGACGCUGUUGUACCGGACUGACAUCACAGGUUCCGGAUACGUAGCGCGAGUGUCAGAAAAAUGGGCAAGAUCUUGUCAAAAAUUUUUGGCAAUAAGGAAAUGCGUAUUUUAAUGUUGGGGUUAGAUGCUGCUGGAAAAACUACUAUACUGUAUAAACUCAAGUUGGGACAGAGCGUAACUACCAUACCUACUGUAGGAUUCAAUGUAGAGACAGUGACCUAUAAGAAUGUCAAAUUUAAUGUGUGGGAUGUUGGUGGUCAAGAUAAAAUAAGGCCACUGUGGCGGCACUAUUACACUGGAACACAAGGACUGAUUUUUGUAGUGGACUGUGCCGAUAGAGAUCGAAUCGAUGAAGCCCGUCAGGAGUUACAUCGAAUUAUAAAUGAUCGAGAAAUGAGGGAUGCCAUAAUUCUUAUUUUCGCCAAUAAACAAGAUCUUCCAGAUGCAAUGAAGCCACACGAAAUUCAAGAGAAAUUGGGUUUGACAAGAAUCCGGGACAGAAACUGGUAUGUCCAGCCAUCUUGUGCCACAACAGGAGAUGGACUGUACGAAGGCCUUACGUGGCUUACUAGCAAUCAUAAAUUAUGAUUAAAUAGUUAAUUAUCUUUGGUCGCACGCACCAAGAGUAAAUACCUGUAUCAUGAUUGCAUACUAAUGCACCCAUGUUGACGCUCUGUAAAAACUGAAAAGAAACUUAAGUGACCAAAUUUCAUCAGUUUCAUCGUUUGUGCGGAAAAAUACAAAUCUCAAAAAAACUUUGCCGUGAUACAGGUUACUGUAACAUUAGGACAACACACCUGAAGGUACUUCAAUAAAUAUAUAUAUAUAUAUGAAAUUGCGACGUGUACAGGGGUGUUCGUCUCAAACAACCAGUAGUAUCAAAAUUACUCUCAGUAUUGGCCCAUAUAUGAUAUGCUCGUCGGAAAGCUUUGUUAUAAAAAUAAUUUAUUAUUUGAGAAACGUUAAAUUAUAUCUGGCCAAAUGGCGAUAAAAAGGGAAUUUUUGCUUUGAAAUUGCAGAAAAUUUGGAUGUCACGGUGACGCGUCAUAAAAAUGGUUAAAAAAUGGUACUGUUAGACUUUUUGGAGUUACAUAGAAAAAGCAUUACAUCAUACAUGUAUGAAAUCUAAGGAAAAAUAUGAAUAUGCUAUAUAUCACACUGAAAAUAUUCUUUUAUAUUUACAUGACAUAAUACAUAAAUACUGAAAUCAUAUUAAAAAGAAAUUCAAGCCUUAUAAGCCAUUGCAUCCAUGGAAAUAUAUUUGCCAUUCUUAACUUCACAGAUGUUUGAAUAAUUUUAAUUUUCGUUUCCAAUGUCUGUACUCACAAAUUGCCUUCAUUGUCAAAUAAUUUUCACAUUACCAUUAACAGAUCUAUUUCUGAAUAGUUAUUAACAAUAUGAAAUGUAAAGCAGAAAGACUUCCUUGCGCAAUCAAUGUAUCUUAGAUGACCAUUUCUGGGCUCUGUUAAAGUCAUAGAACUUCUGCUAUAUGUCGAAUAUGUUAAUUAAUACAUAUUGCAUAAGUUAUUAAUAUAUACGUCUAAUUUAAUAGAGUAUGGAAAGUGUUCACUUUGUAAGCUUGUAUUUCCAAUGAUGAUUUUUUAUUCUAGACAUGUAAAAACUGUAUUACCUAGCUUCUAAGAUUUUUAAUACAACCUCGUUCCAAGAUAUGAAUGUUAAAGUGCAAAAUUCUAUUUCUUUGAAUUGAUGUUUACAAUUUUUGAAUGUAAUCAUUUAAUGGAUAUGUAGAAGGUUUAACGCAUCGACGGAUGCCAUGAAUACAGUGCCGUUUAUUUUGUUAUUCUUCUUAAUGUCAGUGUCAAUGUAGCAUGUACGCUUUAAAUUACAUCACUAUUCCUCUCUGAAAACAAUGGAGAUUAAGGUGAUGCUUUUAACCUUCCAAAAUUAUAUUGUUAAGGCAAGGUUUCUGUAAGCUUUUUAUUUUAAGUAAUUUAUACAUUUUGUAAUUAACACCGGAGAAAAAGACAUUAAUUUUGUAAUAGAAAUUGUAAGUUCAGGUAAACAUUCAUAAAACAUAAUUAAACUUUAGAAAACAGUCCUUAAAA